ACUAACGCAAAAUUAGAAAUACAUUUAACAUAUUUUCAUGAAUCAUUGUAGAAUAUUAUUAUUCAUUUAUUUUUUACAAAUAUCUAGCUCUAUGCAUGUCUUUGACUGGUCGCAACAUUCGUUAACUCUGACCCUUAUCUUUAAUUAAAUAAUCAGUCAGUAUUGUUAUGGUGUGUGCGUAUAUUUCCCUCUUCCGCCGCACGGGACAUCAGAGCGCCUCCCGCCGCCAGAAACACGUGGGCCGGAACAGAAGAAGAGAGUUUGGCUCUGUUGUUCGGACCCUCCGCCUCACGAGUUCACCUGUCUGUCUCCUCACGGGCACUAGGACGGUAACCAUAGCGUCCCCCUCCGUCUAAGAGUGUGGAAGAGCGUGUUGUGUUUGUAAGAGUGUGUGGUCUGUGUGUGUGGAAGAGUGUGUUGUGUGUGUUGUGGCUCAGUGUGUGUUUGGAUGGCGGCGGGAGGCGCGUCCCAGACCGGCGUCGGGGAUGUGGAGGAGGACGCAUCUCAGCUGGUCUUCCCCAAAGAGUUCGAGACGGCGGAGACGCUGCUGAACUCGGAGGUUCACAUGCUGCUGGAGCACCGCAAGCAGCAGAACGAGAGUGCCGAGGACGAACAGGAGCUGUCGGAGGUCUUCAUGAAGACCCUGAACUACACUGCCCGCUUCAGCCGCUUCAAGAACCGCGAGACCAUCGCCAGUGUGCGCAGCCUCCUGCUGCAGAAGAAGCUCCAUAAGUUUGAGCUGGCCAGCCUGGCCAACCUGUGUCCAGAGGCAGCGGAGGAGGCCAAGGCCCUCAUACCCAGUCUGGAGGGGCGGUUUGAAGACGAGGAGCUGCAGCAGAUCCUGGACGACAUCCAGACCAAGAGGAGCUUCCAGUACUGAGGACCCCCCCCCCCCUCCAUAUC